ACCCUUUCAAUGUGGAGCUAGGAGCCGAAGGGUUGUAGGAGGCCCAGCAGCCUCGCCGAGCAGUGAGGUCAAGGGUUUGACCUCCAGUUCAGAAGAUCUUGGCCUCUGUCAAAAUGCUGACCCCGGGGUUCUUAGGUUGCGCUGCUCCUGGACUCUCCCGUCUCCUCCCAGUGUUUUGGCUGCUCUUUCUCUGGCUCAGUGCCCGAGCAGAAGGCGAUGACCUCUGUAAUUCUGGCGAGUGCUGUUUUAAAGAGAUGCCAUUUCAGGGUGAAGAAACAGUCUCUGACGGUGGCCCGUGGGAUCUGCUUUGUUACAAGGUGUUUCCAGAUGGUUAUGAAUGUUCUUGGAAAUACGUUGGUGCCUCAGCAAAUGUUACCCAUUUCCUGAGAUGUUGUUUUGGAACUGGGUCCUGUUGUUAUUUCAAAACUGGAAAUGCUCACAGCAUCACAUUCUCUGACCAAGAUAAAGUGCCUGUUUUUCAAAAUGUCACUUUCUGGGUGGAAUCACACAGUGGAAAUAGCAUUCAGAAGUCCCAGAAUAUUACAGUGCUACUCUUCUCUUCAGUAAAAUUUGACCCUCCAUCCGAGGAUAUACAUUUCUCCAAGUCCAACGGCAUGCUCAUCAUAAAAUGGAAGACCCCAGAGAAGCAGGAGAAUGCAGUAACCGAAUACCGAUACAGGAUGAGGAAUGCAUCAUGGGAAAAGGGAGACUGUGGGAUCCAGGAGGACCCAGAUUUGGAGACCUGCAACAUACAUUUAGAGAAAGACGUUGCCUGUGAAUUUCAGAUCCGCCGCCAAAAAAACGCCCAUGGAGGCCACUGGAGUAACUGGAGCAAGUCUAUUUGCAUUCCUGCUGAAAUUCGUAGAAGUCCAGAGGUGAAUUACACAGUAGGAAAACUUGAGAAUAAUGGGACAAGAAAGCUGUUCCUCAGCUGGGAGAAAUUAAACCCCGAGCUUCCAGAAGGCUGUCGUAAUCCUGGAAGCAGGAUGGAAGUCAAUUACACUCUAGUAGUUCACAUGCUCUCCUGCCAGUGUCAGCAGAAGGCGGAGAAGAGAAUGAAACCCAAGACAACACUGACAAUUUCUGGGGCUGCUUAUAACUUCUCAGUGGGAACUUUGAAUACCAUUGGACCCGGUCCUAACCAGACCUAUCACGUUCCACCUGAUGCACAGACAGAAAUCAGGUCGCCAAGCGUCAACUUCUCUGGAGGCAUCAUACUCUUAAAACACGAGGUCAAGAGUUACUGCAUCGAAUGGUAUCCUCAGGCUGCUGACUGGACGAAUGCCACGUGCGCUCUGAAAAGCAUCUCUGAGGAGAAAAUUCCUGUGGCUACAAGUAAUUCAAGAGAGGCGAGAGUGAGGCAUAGCCGGACUAACGCUUCAGGUAACAUGGAGCCAGGGAAAUGUUAUCGAAUUACAGUUUACUCUUCUGACAGACCCAAAAGUUUGAUGUCCUGGUCUACUCUCUUUUCCACCUACCAUUUCAGUAGAGAUGUUUCAAAAGCAGGGCCCAGUCAAAUCAAGAUUACAAACAUAACAGUGGACUCAGUUUCCCUGGAGUGGAAGCCUUCACCCCUCAGCCAAUGCCCUGGGAUUUUAAAAGAAUACGUCAUUGAUUGCACAGAUGAGGAGAACAAUAAAACCAGAUAUUUUCCAGUGAAUGCUUCCUUGUUGCAAUACACCCUUCAGAACCUGAACCCUAAUACGUUUUACCGAAUUCAGAUCCGGGGAGACACAGCCACAGAGAAAGGAGCCUGGAGUCAACCACAAAGGUUUCAGAUUCAUACAACUGAUAAAAAGCAAAUGGAUGGCUACUUCUUCCUUGUUUGCCUGGGGAUUUUUGGAUUCAUUGUCGUCACUGGUAUACUUGGAUACUUUGGGGUAAAGAGGGUCAAGAAACACCUAUGCCCACCUGUGCCGGAUCCCUUGGCCAGUGAUGCCACCAAAUUCCCAGAAAGUGAGCUGAAAUUGGCUAGGCAAUGGACAAGAAUCCCAGAUCAGUGUGAAGAAGCUGGUCCUGGGGAACCUUUGGUAGUAGAGGCCUGCUUAGAUACCGGGGAAGCCGAUGUGAACCAGGAGACUGGGGUACUAUACAUGCAUGAUAAAACGCAAGAGAUGAGAGAGACAGCAGACACCAAGGAGGUUCGGACUGGUUCAGAAGAGGAGGCCCCUCUUGAGACUGACCUUCCCUUUGAGUACAGAAGGCAGAUGCAGGGAGAACCGGAAGUCGAAGAUCUGUGAGAAAUUGCCAAGAUAGCACUGCUGAAAUGACAGUCUUGCACCGUCCUCCGUAUGAGGAAACUCUUAUAAAAAUGUCAGGACUUUGCGCGAUUCUCAGAUUAGCACAGACCACAGAAGAUUUUUGACCCUAUUACAUGACAAAUAGCCUUACUUGGGCUUAACUGAAAACACUGGAGAUUCAAAAUGAAGAGGCCUAAUGCUCUUGAGAGAAUCUAGGACAGCAGGGUUUUUUAAAGUUUUGAGGUUAUUUUCUUUAUUUCCUAUAUUUUCUUUAUGCCAUAGAUCCCCAGUGUGCAGCUCCAUGUCAGGGUAGGCCUUGAUGGCAGUAGAGCAGAUAGCAAGUGUUUGUGACUAUAGUGACCAUGUUUAUUAUUUCUGAGAGACCACUCACCAAACCCCCAGGUCCUGGGGAAUACCAGUCAUUAUUAUAAUUAUUAUAUAUAAUUAUUAUAAUUAUAACCAUUAUUUGUU